UGGUGUCUCUAGGAGGAGCGAAAUGGAGGGCUCUGACAACCCAAUUCACAAGGGCAACCAAGCAUUCAUCGACGAAGACUAUCCCGCAACCCUUCAGGCUUAUGGAGAGGCGAUCUCUCUCGGAGGAGAGGGUGAGGCCCUUGCCAGAUCCAACCGAGCGGCGGUGUACCUGAAGCUCGGCAAGCACACCGAAGCUCUCCAGGAUGCCUCGGCCGCGGUGAAGCUGAUGCCCACGGAGAUGGCCUUCUACAGGAAAGGGCUGGCAGCUUUCGCGUUGGAAGAGUUCGAGACCGCGCUGGAGGCGUUCCGACAAGGCAAGAAGCUAGAGGAGAGAGGGGACAGCAGCGACCCCCGCAAGUACCGCACUUGGAUUCGCAAGUGCGAGGCCGAACUGGAGGCCGAGGAAGAAGCGCAUGCCGCGGCCGCCGCUUCCUCCGACCGGAGUAUGCCCACCACCACCACCACCACGAGCGAUAUUGCUCCGGUGUCCGGCGGUAGCGUUGGCGCCGCUGCUACCCCGGUGAAGCGGACGCCCGUGCUGGCGUCUUCGACCGCCCCCGCGCACCUGCGGAUCAAGUUCCAGUACUACCAGAGCUACGAGAAGGUGACCGUGGCCGUGCUCGAAAAGGGACUCAAGGAGAGCGAGGUCAAGGUGGACGUGGAACCCAAGCGCCUCACGGUCAAGAGAAAAGCGGGAGACAACGCCGGUGCCCUGCUGUUCGACAAGGUGCUGUACGAGGAGGUGCUCCCGGAGAAGUGCCGGACGCGUUUCAUGGCCUCCAAGGCCGGUCCGUUCGCUUGGUAG